AUGCCGAAGAUUCGACCUGGUAUGAAGCGCCCCCCACCGGGGUUUGAGCUUAUCUCUGAUAAACUUGAUGAGUAUGACGAAGAUAUGCGUCAGGCGCUUUCGGACGACCCAAUGCAAUCACAACUUCCACUCAGCAAACAAAACACGAAAAAAAGUAGCUCUAAUAAGGGUGUUGUUGUUGGUCAGAAGGAUACUGAGAAGAGCGAGGAUACUGUUGAGAAAGUAGGUGAUAAUGAUGAAGAUUAUGAAAAACCAUUACCACCUCUUUGGCGUGUUGCUCGCAUUAACCGGGAGCGAACCCGAUAUGUUUAUGAUGCCUGUUACCGUGAAAAGAUGAUUUCGAGUGAGGUGUUGAAUUACUGCUGUGAGAUGAACUUUGUGGAUGCCGGUCUCGUACGGCGGUGGAAGCUUCCGGGGUAUGAGCGGCUGUGCUGUACGGCCUGUUGUGUUCCCGGCACCGCGAGUGCGGCGGCACGAUUGGUGAAUAAAUACGCAAAUCGCCACAAGACAGACCGGCGUGGACGAUGUGAGGAUGAACAUGAUGGGACGUGUAUUUGCCGCGUACCGGCAGAGCAGCGACGCAACAAACGAUUUGCCGGCUGCACUGUGUGUGGGUGUACGGGAUGUGGCUCUGGUGAGAAGAGAGAGCGGGACUCUUUGGCUGAGAAGAGUGAAGCGGCAACAGCCGCAAAGAUUAUGCGCAACGAAAAGGAAUUGGAGGAAUGA